UUGUGUAAUAUGUAGAUUUCUGAAAACCAUAAGAAGGAAGCGCUGUGCCCAUGUGAUGAUCCCCAUCAUAAUGAGAUGUUUAUGAUUGGCCAUUUGAUUGAGGAUACCACUUAACACUAGAAUCUAAGGGGUAUAUAAAAACAGGGCGAACAGAGAAAAAACAUAAGUCCACGCAGCGACAAUACCGAAUUACGACAAAUCAACAGAAAAUUAUAUUCAUCUUCAAUCUUGUUCAUAUUACAACAUCAACCAAAACUAGGAAUAUUGUCAAAGCGACCUGUUUCUAAAUUGUAUUUGGUAAGCUAAUAUGUCAGGACUUUCCAUUCUGUGCAUUGUUUUCGUGCUCUGUUUCCAAGGAUCUUCGUCACAGGAUUCAACACCUAGCUGGUCGGAAAUUUUAGAGCAUACUGGAGGUCUUUCUGGGAAUGUAGGUGGCCUGCAUACAUGGCCUAGUGGAUCAAACCUUGGAGGUUACCUGCACGGUGAUUUAGGAAACCCUAAUAUAAUAGACGGAGGAGGAAUUCGAGGUAGAUACCAAACAGAUCGGUUUAAUUUCGGUGGAGAUGCCAAUGUGAGAUUUCCUUAUGGUGGCCGACCUUCAUAUGGAUUAGAAGCAUAUGGCGGUGUUGAUUUCGGUAGAGACAGAAGCUGGAACUUAGGAGGGAGAGGAUUUGCACGUGGACAGUUUGGAAGCAGACCGAGUGAUUAUGGAUUUGGUGUCACUCUCACUAAGAAGUUUGGCAGACGACGUAGAUCUAUUUCAUGCAUCUCACAAUGCAGUAAAGUGUGUGGACAAUCUACAAGGUGCAAGAGAAGAUGUUUAUCACAUGCCUGUGGCAUUUAAAAAGGAUUUUAUAACAUUUUAAAAAUGUAGUAUUUUUUUUAUCUAUUAUGCAUUGGCUUCUACAAUAUGAACAUAAUGGGUUAAGUUUUAGAAAUGGUACAAGAACUAUACAGUAUUAAAAUUAUAUAAAAGUAUGAAA